AUGUCCGCGAGCGAGCAGCCCAUCCCGGCAAAGCCGCGCCUCUCGUGGCGGGGCGUGAGCAUGCUCAUGGUGUCUGACAUCGUCGGCACAUCCGUCCUCACCUUCCCUGCCGUCGCCGCCGAGCUCGGGUACGCGCUGACGGUCCUCAUCGUCGGCCUCUUCCCGGUGACCGUGUACGUCAGCGUCCUCAUGGCGCGAACACACGUCCGCGUACGCGGCAUCGACAGCCUCGGGAGCGCUGCGCGGCGCAUCUUUGGGCCGCGGUACGCCGGCGGCACCUUCGCGGUCGUGUACGGCUACACGCUGCUCGGCAACGCCUCCUACCUCCUCGUCCUCGGCACCUCCCUGCAGGGCGUCUUUUACGACGCGCGGCUGUGCCUCGCCGCCGCGUCUGGGCUCGGCGCGCUCCUGCUCGCGCCUCUCGUCGUCGGCCUGCGGCGGCUCGGCGACUCGACUACGGAAGAGGAGGAGGAAGGCUGGUCUACCUACACCGCGAACUGGGCUGGCCGUGAGUGCGCCUGA